GCGCGGCCAAGAGCAGUGCUGCAGCCACGGCAACUGCAAGCAGGAGCGAAGUUCUUGAAGCCGCGGUCGGAUUGGAGGAUGGAGUUGGAGCAAAUCCCGCCACUUGCUGGCCACGAGGGAAGCCUGCCUACACAACCGAGUACACUGAGGAGUACGACCUGGCAGAUCCGAUUGGUUCCUUUAACCGAGUUGGCCGGCAGAUUCUGAAGGAGAUGGUUGACGAGCUCCCCGCACUCUACGAGCUGCCUCAGAAAGAGGCGAAAUGGGUGGAGGAUUCGCUGGAGUACAACACGCAAGGCGGGAAGAUGAAUCGCGGCCUUAUCGUCGUUGAGACUGGAGUGGCGAUCAUGAAGCACCAGGGCCGGGAGCCCACGAACGCUGACCUGAAUCGCUUCGCUGUGUUGGGCUGGGCAGUGGAGUACCUCCAGGCCUGCAUGCUCAUGGCUGAUGACAUGAUGGACGGCUCGGUGACCCGACGCGGGAACCCUUGCUGGUACAGGCUCCCCCAUGUCGGCCUGCUGAAUACCAACGAUUUCUUGAUGGUGGAGAUGUUCGUCUACAAAAUCCUCAAACGACACUUCGGCCAGGAACGCAUCUUUCCUUGGCUUAUGGACCUUUUUCUGGAGACAACUUUCCAGACAGAAUGCGGUCAGCUGUUGGACUCGAUCUGCGCCAACUGCGAGUUGGAGGAGCUGACGACAGAGCGCUGGACGCUGAUCGUGAAAUACAAGACGGCUUUCUACUCCUUCUACCUCCCGGUGGCUCUCGCAAUGCUGGUCACGGGUGUUCGUGACAAGAAGGCCUUCGACACUGCGCGGGAUGCGUUGCUGCUGAUGGGCAUCUACUUCCAGGCCCAGGAUGACUACUUGGACGCCUUCGCGAGUCCGGAGGUACUCGGCAAAGUCGGAACUGACAUCCAGGACAAGAAGUGCAGCUGGCUGUUCGCCCAUGCCUACCACGAGCAAAGCACUCCGGAGGCAAUAAAAUUCUUGGACGAGCACUAUGGCAAAUGUGAGGUUGGCAGCCAAGAAGAGUCCAAGAUCAAGGAAAUCUACAGAGAACUCGGCCUGCAGGAGCUGUUCCAAGAGUACGAGGAGGAUGUGGAGAAUCGCCUGGAGGACUUCAAGUCCCAGGUCAAAGCGGCAGAUUUGCCGUGGUCGGUCUUCGAUCGGUUUUUCCAACUUAUUCACAAGCGCCGCAAGUGA